AUGGCCGCGCCCAGCGAUCUCGAUAUGGAGCAGGCCAUUCUGGAUUCCGAAGAACGGCAGGAGAAAGAGCGGCUGAAGAAUUCGAAUUUUAUCCAACGAAAUCUACUGAGUAUACCGUGUUUUCGUGAGUCGUUCAUGUACGGCAUGCUGAGCGGAUUGGGCGCUGGACUGGGCACAUUUAUGCUGACCAGUCGGGUGCGGCGCGCCUGUGAUGUGGCGGUGGGAUCGUAUGCGGCGGUGACGUUCUGCUGGUGGAUCUACUGUCGGUAUGAGCGAGCGCGGUUGCAUCAGGAGCUGCAGAAAGUGCAGUAUAUGGUGUUUGAUGAUGCAUCGCCACCGGCAGUCGAAUCCGGUAUUAUUGUCCAGCCCAAAGGUCGAUCCCGCGCUGCUUCUUGAUUUUGUCUGUUUUUGCGAAUUCUGUUUGACUUUAUUAACUGUUUUAUAUAAAAAUUUAAGCACGUUGUUGAAUUGCUGUGAGUGAAUCAUGCCUCUCCGCGUUGGCUGGUUGAUGUCUGAUAAACCUGAUUUUACGGGC